GCAUGGCAGAGUCUGGAGGAUAUAAACAGGCCGGGUUGGGAUGAGGAGGACACUACCUACGGCCACGGCAAGCAUGAUGAAGCAGAUGUGGGACGCUGCCUUGGUUGCGGUGCUGGCUGUACUGGCCGGGACCGGCAUCUGCGCGGCCAUGCCCAUGGAAUACGAUGAUCUGAAGCCCAAGGAGUUUGCGCCCUACCAGUUGAUCAGCGACGAGGGGUCAUACGAGGUGCGGGAAUACGAGCCAGCGGCGUGGGCGUGCUCCGUCCGGGACAAGAUUAAAAGCAAGCGAGAGAUGAUGAUGAUGUUUGUUCGCCUGAUCCAAUACAUCAACGGCGAGAACUCCCUGGGUGAGGAGCUGGCCAUGACUGGUCCAAUGACCAUGUACAAGGAGAUGUCAGAGCUGACUGGCAUCAAGAAGAUCGAAAUGUGCUACUACCUUCCCUCUAGGCACCAGACCAGCCCUCCCACACCCACAGUAGAGGACGUUGUCAUCAACAGGAAGGACACCAUGAAAGUAGCUGUAAGGUCAUUUUUGGGCAAGAAGUUAUCAAUGGAAGACUGGGAGAUACAAAAGUUCAUGCUACAAAAGGACCUCAAGGAAGCAGGUGUCAAGGUUGUCAACUAUGAGAACUGCUUUGGGACCAUGUACUAUUCCCCGGAUAAAGAAGAUUACGUUACUGAGAUCUGGUAUGAAAUGCAGGAGUGAGAUCCCGAUUGUCUGCCUGUCUGGUCCCAACUGCAUAGUCUUUAAGUCAAUUUGAUCUUCAAAUCAAGUUAUAAUUGAUCAAGCAAGUAAUAAAGCAGUGACCCUCAA